CGGCCUCCAGCUUGGCAUCAGGACUAUGAGAUUCAGCUCAAUACAGUGAAAAUAACAUCUCCCCCGGACGUUGGCUCCUCUUCUUUGGUAAACUCGGGUAAUCCUUAUCCCUUAUCUCAUUAUGUACAAUAUUCUCACUUUUUGGUCGAGCAUUGUGCCUUUCUUGCAGUCAUAUCGGCUACAAAGGAACCAGGUUCAUUUCGAGAAGCUGUAUGUGAUCCUCGUGGGAGAGAGGCUAUGCAGCGCGAAAUAUCUGCACUAGAACGCACUGGCACGUGGGCGCUUACUCCAUUGCCACCCGACAGGUGCAGGGAAUUGAUUAUUCUGAGACGUUCGCUCCAGUUGCUAAAAUGGUAACCGUGCGUACUCCGUUAGUGGUGGCGGCAUCUCGCCACUGGGAGCCCCAUCAAAUGGAUGUCGAUAACGCUUUUUUGCACGGUGAUCUUCGCGAGGAAGUAUACAUGCAUUUGCCCCCGGGAUAUUCUGCAUCUACAUCCGAUCAGGCUCAGGGCCGGCCUAGAGGGAGUGUAGGCAGCCCAAUCGCACAGGGCCCAAAAAGUUGGAGGGCCAAAAAAAAUUAGUAGUAGUAUUACU